GUGCGGUGCAAAUCAAUCGCCAAACAUGUUGAAAUACUUUGUUGUGGUGGCUUUAUUAGCCACACAACACACCCUAGCACAAGACUUUGACUUUGCUCCACCAAGACCAGCACCCCCACGUGUAAAACCAAACUACUCAGGUCCUUCAGCAGCUCCAAGACCUACUCCAGUGCCCAUCAUCAAGCAAAUUGACAGGCACAACGACGAUGGCUCAUAUACCUACGGUUACGAAUCUGCCGAUGGUUCGUUCAAGAUCGAAACCAAACUUCCCACUGGAGAGGUUAAGGGAAAGUAUGGUUAUGUUGAUGAUGUUGGAAAAGUCAGAGUUAUUGAAUAUGGUGCUACCAAGUACGGGUUUGCUCCUGCUGGGGAGGGAAUCACUGUGCCACCACCGACUUUAGUUGAUGAGACGACUGAUAAAAAUGGGGAGUUGUUGCCUGAGUACGAUUAUCAGCCUGUGGAUGAGCCUCAGCAAGGGAGUUUGAGGGCCCAAUCAGCACCAAAACCUGUCCCAACCAGCACAUUCGAAUUCUCUUCGGGUCCUGUAGCUAGACCUGCUCCAAGACCAGCUCCACGACCUGCUCCAAGGCCUGCACCAAUCGAAUACUCCGCUCCACAAACCUUCGAGCCCGCACCAAGACCUGCACCAAGUCCCUCAUUCUCACCCCUGCAGGACUUCAAUAUUCCCUCCAGACCAGCCCCCAAGCCAGCCUUCUCCCCAGCUCCUGCACCCCCAAGGCCAGUGUUCGCCAACGCGGCCCCAGUAUCAGUUGAAAACUUUGGCCCCCCAAGUAGACCGGCUCCAGCUCCUAAGUUUGGAUUUGCUGACCAAGGGGCCACCUUGCAGUCACCAUCCAGACCCCCACCUCAACCAUCGUUUGCACCAGCACCCAGGCCAGCGCCCCAAUACAGACCUGCACCAAAACCUUCAGCUGGUCGGCCAAAUGGAGGCUCAAUCUUAGAUCAACUCAGCAAAGACUAUGCUUUACCACAAGGAGACUCAGCACCACUGCACGAUAUCAGUUUUGGCUAUUAUUAGAACAAAAAAAAUGUUUUUUAGGAUUUUUUCAAUUUAAUUUUCGUGAAAAAUACCAUGGGAGACAUACUUACUUUCUUUGAGAAGUAAAAAUAACCCACUGUCUAUUUUUUUAUAUGUUAUUUAGUCUGUCAUGGUAUUUAUAUUCUUGACUUCUAUUUAUUUUUCUUUUCUAUCCUGUAUUUCUACCUCUGUACUGUUUCUGUCCUAUUUUUUCUUACUUUUAUCUAAUUUAUUCUUACUUUAUACUUUUCUCUUUUCUAUUUGUUAUUUUCUUUCUUAUUUUGAUUUUGUGUUUCCAUUUCUUUCAUCUCUACUUUUUUCUUUUUUAUCUCAAAAAAAACUCAGCACCAUUGCACUCUAUCAGAUUUUUAAUUUUCAUAAAAAAUACCAUGAGAGACACAAUUCCUAUUUAAGAAGUAAAAACAGCUCAAUGUCUAUGUUUUUAUAUGUUCUUUAAUCUGUCAUGGUAUUUGUAAUCUAGAUUUCUAUUUAUUUUUUCCAUUCUUUCCUUCCUUAUUCCCUCUAUCCUGAUUUUUCUUACUUUAAUCUGAUAAUUUCCUCUUUUAUAACGAUUUCUAUCUUUGACCUUUAUUUAUAAAUCUUUUCUUUUUUCUUUUCUAUAUUUUUCCUCUUAUUUUGACUAUUCUUUUACUUUUAUUUUUUCUUUUUUGCCUCAAAUAAAUUUAUUAUCAAUUUAAUUCGUCUUAGAUGUUAAUAAAAAACCACGAGAAAGAUACUUCUAUAUUUAAGAAGCAAAAUUAGCUCAAUUACUAUUUUUCUAUUUUUUUAAUUUGUUCUGGUAUGUUUAGUCCUUUUUUCCAUUUAUUUUCUUCUUUGUUUCAUUUUAUCCUUCUCUCUUAAAUUUCUCUACACUUUUUUACUACUUUCUUUUUCUCUGUAUCACUUUGUGUCUUUAAACUUUAUUCAUAUUCCUUUUCCUAUUUUUCUGUGAAUUCUAUUUUUAUUUUGAUUAUGUUGUUACCUUUCUUUUUUUUUUCUUCUCCUAUAU